GUGUGUGUGUGGUGUGUGUUUGUUUUUUUUUUUUUUUUGACCGUGGGAAAGACUGCGCUCGGCCGUAAGGGAUACGUGUUCCUAAGGCAGGGUGUUUUAAACGUCGCCCGCCGAACACGCGUAAAGAACAAAUCCUAUUCAGUUGCGUUCUCGGAACUGUUUUAUAAAAAUCAGUUGGGCGUUGGGUCCGAGUUAAUUUCUUCUGCACAAAACGGAGCUGCCGUCCUGAAAAGUUUCCGUGGACCCUCGGAAUUACUUGACGGUGGUUUCGGGCGUGCCGCGCAGCGGUCAGACCAUCACAGGACUUACAGCGGGACAGCAGGCGCGGCCAGCCCGGAAGGGAGCGUCGGAGUCGCCGCAGCCAGGACGGAACGGCCCCGCUCGGGCUCGCACGGGAUCCUCGCGCGCUGCGGCGGUUUGUCCGCGCUCGGCCACCGUCGCUCCCGCGUUGCGCAGCAUUUUGUCCGCCGGUCGCCGCCGUCCCGGCGUUAGUCUCCGAGUUCCAGGGAAAGACCGCGUGUCUGGGGGCGCGGGCGGCGCUGCCGGCACCAUGGAGUCGCCCUUCAGCCCGGUGCUGCCUCCGCGGCCGGACGAGGACUGGGGUUCUGCGCUGUUUGCCGAGCUCGGCCACUUUGUGGACAUGGACUUGGACGCAGCCGACGAGACUUACGAAAGCAAUUUUGAAAACCUCGAUUUUGACUUGGAUUUGAUGCCGUGGGAGACAGGAGGCACGUGGGACGCCAACAACCAGCUCUACGCAGUCAAAGAUAUUAAGGCAGAGCCUCAGCCGCUCUCCCCCGCUUCCUCCGGCUGCUCAGUGUCGUCUCCGCAGUCCAUGGACUCGACCUCUUCGACCCAGCACGUCCCUGAGGAGCUGGACCUGUCUGCCGGCCCCCAGAUGUCUCCUCUUUCCCUCUACGGAGAGAGCCCCGGCGGUCCCUGCUCAGCCGAGCCUGCGAAGGAAGACAAGCCCGUCCCCAGUCCGAGGAGCAAGCCCGAAAAUGGACUGACUCCAAAGAAAAAACUUCAGACAAAUUCAAAACCUUCAAUUCAGCCCAAGCCUUUACUGCUGCCAGCAGCACCCAAGCCUCAAACCAACGCCAGCGUCCCCGCGAAAGCCAUCAUCAUCCAGGCGCUGCCCACACUGAUCCCGGUGGCAAAGCAGCAGCCAGCGCUCAGCAUCCACCCCGCGCCCAGCAAAGGUCAGACCGUGGUGCUGUCUCAGCCGGCCGUGGUUCAGCUGCAGGCGCCCGGGGUCCUGCCCUCUCCCCAGCCCAUCCUGGCCGUGGCUGGGGGCGCCGCACAGCUCCCCAACCAUGUGGUCAGUGUGGUGCCGGCCCCUGUGGCCAGCAGCCCAGUGAACGGAAAGCUCUCUGUGGCCAAGCCUGUCCUACAAAGUACUGGGAGAAGUGUGGGCUCAGACAUCGCUGUGCUCAGGAGACAGCAGCGGAUGAUCAAGAACCGGGAGUCGGCCUGCCAGUCCCGCAAGAAGAAGAAGGAGUACAUGCUGGGGCUGGAGGCCAGGCUCAGGGCCGCCCUGUCCGAGAAUGAGAAGCUGAGGAAGGAGAACGGGUCACUGAAGCGGCAGCUGGACCAGGUCGUGUCGGAGAACCAGCGGCUGAAAGUGCCCAGCCCGAAGCGCAGGGCCGUCUGCGUGAUGGUGCUGCUGGCCCUCGUGCUCCUGAACUGCGGGCCCUUCAGCAUCCUGGAGCCGGAUUCCAGGGGAGCGAGUCCUCGCGUGAGCCCUGCACAUCAGAGGCGGCAUCUUCUCGGAUUUUCCGCCAAGGAGGGGCAAGACACAUCGGACAGCGCUGUCCGGAAAGACAGCUCCAGGUACGACCAUGCGGUCUCGGAUGACAAAGCCCUGAUGGUGCUGAGCGAGGAGCCCGUGCUGUACCUGCCGCCGCCGCCCUGCCGGCCCCUGAUCAACACCACGGAGUCGCUCAGGUUAAAUCAUGAACUUCGAGGUUGGGUUCACAGACACGAGGUGGAAAGGACCAAGUCGAGAAGAAUGACGAACCAUCAGCACAAAACCCGUGUGCUUCAGGGCGCGCUGCAGCAGGGUUCGCCUUCGCAGCUCCUGGCCGUCCAGUACACGGAGACCACCAGCAUCAGCAGGAACGCGGGCAGCGAGCUCCAGGUGUACUAUGCCUCCCCCGGGAGCCACCAGGACUUCUUCGACGCCAUCCGCCGGCGGGGAGACACGUUCUACGUCGUGUCGUUUCGAAGGGAUCACCUGCUGCUGCCGGCGACCACCCACAACAAGACCACGAGACCGAAGAUGUCGAUCGUGUUGCCAGCCAUAAACGUCAGCGAGAACGUCAUCGACGGGCAGGACCACGAGGUGAUGAUGCAGAUCGACUGCCAGGUGAUGGACACCAGAAUCCUCCACAUCAAGAGCGCGUCAGUGCCGCCCUACCUCCGUGAGCAGCCGUGGAACCAGACCGGCGCCUUCUUCGGGUCCCCGCCUGCAGCCCCGGAGGCGGCCCGCGUGGUCAGCGCCAUCCCCGAGUCGCUGUAGUAGCGCCGGGCCGUGCAGGAACCCAGGGGGACCCACACUUCCACCCGCCCUCCUGGUGGCACCUGAGCCAGGCUGCCCUGUGGUCAAGUUCAGGGAGAGCGAGAGGCGCGGCCCCAGUCCGUGCCCGUCGCCCGCCAGGAGGGCCCCGGGGUUGGACUCGGGCCGUGGAGCCUGUUCUCGCUGGCGUGGCCUCAAGUAGACGUCUCUGCGUCUCUGAGUCGCUCCCUGUGUGGUUUCUGUGUAGUCGCCGCCUCUGAGCCAGACGCAAGCCCCGCGCCGCCCCUCACACGUCACACAGGUGCGUGACGCCGGCCGCAGCAGCACACGGCCCUCCGCUCGCCCAUCAGUGCAGAGCCGCUGUGCGCACCGCUCGCACCGAGAACCAGGUGUCAGAGCCAGCACAGCCCAUGAGCCCCCAGCCUCGGCACAGCUGGCGCGUUAGGGAGGAGGGGAGACCUCGGAGGUGGAGUCGCCUGCGCACAGGCAGCAGCC